AUGUCGACGCUUGAAGGCGGCCUCGCGUUCGCCUUUGGCCUUGGCUUCGUCGCAUACCUGAUGUUCAAGAGAUACGAACCGAACGACCUCCUCUCGCUCAUUGUGCUACUUGGUCUCCUCCCGGCCAUGCCUGCAGUGCUCCGCCCUGCCCUGCAAUCGACCACCCACUCUGUGUUAUUCUCGUACGCCGUCCAUCUCUCGACAUUGCUCGCGUUCCUCGUCGCGUAUCGCCUCUCGCCGUGGCAUCCGCUUGCAAAGUACCCCGGGCCCCUGGCAAGCUCUCAAAGCUCUGGCUGGUAUACGUGA